CCACUUUUUUUUUCCGUGUGCCCGGGUCUGGAUCUGUGAGCCUGUCCCAGAGUCCUGUAGCAGCCGGUCCACACACAUCAUGGCUUUCUUUACCCACCAGAUCUACAGAGGUCUCUCGUCCUCGGCUGUGAGGAAUGUUGUUAUUAAACACGUGACGAUCAUCGGAGGUGGACAGAUGGGUGCAGGAAUUGCACAGGUUGCUGCAUCGACGGGCCACUCGGUGACGCUGGUGGACACAAAUGACGACAUCCUGAAAAAGUCUGUCAAAGGAAUCGAAGGGAGCCUUAAAAGAGUGGUCAAGAAGAAGUACGCUGAUAAGCCAGAGGCAGGUGAAGAGUUCAUCCAGAAAGUCUUGCAGAAUGUUUCUACCUCGACAGAUGCUGGAUCUGCUGCGCAGGGCUCGGAUCUUGUGUUGGAAGCCAUUGUGGAAAAUCUAAAAAUCAAGCAGGAUCUCUUCGGUCGUCUUGACAAGCUGGCACCGCCACACACCAUCUUCGCCAGCAACACAUCCUCCCUGCCUAUCUCUGACAUCGCCAGCUCCACCAACCGGCUGGACAGAUUCGGCGGCCUCCACUUCUUCAACCCGGUCCCUAUGAUGAAGCUUGUAGAGGUCAUUGGAACCUCAGCAACAAGUCAAGAGACUUUUGAUUCCCUCCUGAACUUCAGCAAAAUGCUUGGAAAAACACCCGUGUCCUGCAAGGAUACACCAGGAUUCAUUGUAAACCGCCUGCUUGUUCCUUACAUAAUGGAGGCCAUCCGGUUGUAUGAGAGAGGUCAUGGAUCUAAAGAGGACAUUGAUAUUGCCAUGAAACUUGGUGCUGGUUAUCCCAUGGGGCCCUUUGAGCUCUCGGACUAUGUAGGACUAGACACAAUGAAAUUCAUUAUGGAUGGUUGGAGUGCAAAGGAUCCCCACAACCCACUCUUUGCCCCGAGUGAAUUGCUGAACAAGUUGGUUGCGGAGGGCAAAUAUGGCAAAAAGACGGGAGAAGGAUUCUACAAGUACAAGUAAUGAAGUUUUGCAGCGUUUCUGGUUUUGCGUGGAGGACGUCGAUCUGGAACGAGUCAGAAAAUGAACCAUCCAAGAGGGACUAAUAAGAAAAACGGAAAUAGAAAAAGUGCCUGUGCCUUCUACAUGAAAGGUCAACUUUUGUCUGUCAGUCCAUUUUCUUAUGUAUUUAUCCACUGAAUGACAUUUUUGUGUGUGAGGAGAUUAAAUGAAAUGAAAUUAAAAAAAAAAAAAAAAGAUUUUUUGAACACUUUGUUGAAGUGACUGUUUUGCAGAUGCACAUAAAAGUCAGGUUGACAAUACCUCUUAUAUCUACCAGCAUCAGUUCAGAAAUAGCGCAACUUUUAUUGGAGCCUUGAAUAGGACCUGAAGCAUUUCUUUCAGCUUAAAUUGAAUGUGCCACACAGGUCAAUGCUAUGGAAAGUAACUUUGACAGUUUGAAUGAAACAAUUCAACUGAUUACUUACAGCAGCUAUAACCAAUUUUAUAAUAAUGUAUCAAAUGAAAUGUGAAGAUGGUUGCUCAUAGUGGUGGACCUAUAGAAAAUAAUCAUGUGAAUUAUCUGCAGCAGCCAUCGGCGUCAUAGUGACUUUCGGCUCGCUGUUUAGCUGUCCGAGCCGCCACUUCACUGCCCUGGUGCACCACCACCACUCUUAAGUUGUAAAAACCAACUUUAUACCACCCGCUCAGCACUGAACAACAGACUGACAGUAGUUGGUGAACUCGGUAGCCAACAAGCCAGAAGGACACUGAAUUAGCAACAAGUUCAUCAGAUCAACGUUAAAGAUGUUGACAUGUCAGUGUUCACAACUUGCUCCCCCAAGUGGCUGAAAAAAAAUCUGAUACGGCAGCUUUAAAGUUCCCUUCCAUGAUGUUUUAAGUCAGAAAAUACCCUGCUUUGAAGAAUAUUUUCUGUCUGGUAUUGUUUCUCCACAAUAAAAAAAUCCCUCAAAUUA